AUGCUCAAGGUCAAGGUCCCGGCCAAGGGCGCAGCGGCCAAGAAAGGAGCUGCUGGGAAAAGGGCUGUUGGCAAGGGUAAAGGCGGCGCCAUGGCUCGCCGUUCAUCUAUGGCCCCGGCUUUGAAACCUGCCAUUUUGACCACUCCACAAGCCAUUUCCUCGUUAAAGGCGGCCGAAAAGGACGAACAAAAACGACAAAUUCAAGAUUUCUUGCGCAAGGCUUUGGGGGCCGAAGUAUUGGUUGAUAAGAGCACACCUCAUCAGGCAUCUUCCACCAAAAGUCGAUCCGAGGGGGCGGCCGAUGUCGCCACUGCUGCCAAAGAAAUGGGAUUGGUCUUUGUGUUGAAACAAUGUGGCGUAAUUGAUGAAUUGCAGCGCAUGCUGUUUCCACAAGGGGAUGUCCAUGCCUUGCUCGAGAGAGGAAAUGAAGACGAUGACAAACCCAGUGGCUUGAAGCCAAGUGCUUCUGCCCUCAGUCUAGCCAGUAUGGAUGCUGACAUUGGUGAUGCGACUACUGCGACGAGUGUCACAUCCAACGGAACGGAUGCUAAUCGAGGAAAAACAACACCCCCCAAUGCACGGGAAGGAAGUCUUUUGAUCAUCCGGGCUUUGUGCGAAAUCGUCGGAAGACCGGCGGAACCUUAUAUUGUCGGCGCCUUUUUGGCAGCGGCAUUGGAUGAAUGUGGUAGCAAUUCCACUUCUAUUCGCGGGGUAGCCGAAGAUACCACCGUGGCACUCAUAAAAUUGGCCCAUGCGUGGGCAUUCCCCGCCAUAUUAUGCCCACUCUUAUUGCAGUCGCUUAAAUCCAGUGAAUGGAGAGUCAAACACAAUGCCCUCGAACGGCUCGAGUUGUGUGCGUCGACGGCACCGGAUCAAGUCAAUCGACUCUUGCCAAAACUCAUCCCGGCAAUUACCAACCAAGUGUGGGAUACCAAAGCACAAGUCUCCAAAGCUGCUGGAGCGACACUCUUGGCGAUCUGCAUGACGGGCAAAAACCCCGAUGUGGCUUCGUCCAUUCCUGCCGUCGUCAAGGCCAUCUCCAAACCAUCCGAAACCAACAAGGCCGUUUCGGAACUCAUGGGGACCACCUUUGUGGUACCGGUGGAUGCACCAACACUGUCUAUUUUGUGUCCCGUCUUGUCGCGGGCUCUGAAAGAAAAAUUGGCGAUACACAAACGGUCGGCUUGUAUUGUCAUCUCCAACAUGAGUCGAUUAGUUGAAACGCCUUCGGCAGUCGCACCGUUUGGACCACUGCUGGUCCCCGAACUCAAGCGAGUAGCCACCAAUGUACAGUUUGAAGAAAUCCGUGACGAAGCCUUGAAGGCUUUAUCCAACCUGACCAAGGCUUUGGGUGAAUCUUACCAAGCCGCACAAGAUUCGGCAGGCGUCGACAAGAUGACGGAACAAAUGGGCGAAGUAGACUUGGAGCAAAAGCGAAUUCAGGAAGAAAAGGAUGCCGAGGCCAAGCGACAAGAGGAAAUUGCCAAGAAAGAGGCCGAGGAAAAAAGAAAGUUCAAGGAAGCCAUGGAUGCGCAACGAGAGCUGGACAGGAUUGCCCGGGAGGAAGCAGACAAAAAUCGAAAGGAGGAAGAAGCCAAGAGAGAAAAACAAAAACUUAGCACAAAGAGUGCUACCGGGUAA